AUGGCACUGAAAAAACCAAUUCUUGACUUGGGUGGAAACCUGUUGGAGCAAUGUGCUAAUUUAAUUGACAAAAAAAAAUUGUUAAAUGAUUUGUGGUCAGAGAUACACACUUGUGUAAGUUUGGCAGAAAGCAAUGAUGAAGAUAUUCAAGUUCUUGUGAUAAAUCUUCAAGGAAUAAGAAAGGAUUUGAAGGCUAAGAGGAUUGCAAGAGUUCAAGUAUCAAAUGAAGAAACUUCAAAAGAGAAAGGGGCUGAGAUUGAUGUGCCAAAUGUUGAACCAAGAGGUAGAAGUGCAAAAAGGCUGAAGGGAGAAAAAGAAAAGGUUGUAGAACAAAACCAGAAAGAGAAGAGAUUAUGUAGAGGUUGUGGUAAAUUGAGUAAUCAUGAUAUUAGAAAUUGUCCAAACAAAUAUAAUUGUUUGCUUAUUUCACAAAUGAGCAUUGACUUAUUAGCUCAUUUCAGAAAUGAGCAUUCAAUUAUUUGCUCAUUUGACAAAAAAGCAAAAAAUUGUUUGCUUAUUCACAAAUGA